CAGAGAGAGAGAGAGAGAGAGAGGGAGGCGAUAAGUGAAAGUGAGCAAGCGAGGGCAAACGAGAAUCCCCUCACACUCAGUUUUCAUCCUCAUUUAAGGAGCUGUGCAGCAGUGAAAGAGAGGAAAAGACGGAGAAUCAGAGCCACGCUCAUUCACACAGCCUCUGUCAGCACUUCCCUUCCUCAUCACAGCUGCUUCUGAACACAGAGGUCAUGGCUGAGGUGGAGCUGCUCUCCACACCCCAUAAUAUUCAGAUCAGCGAGGUGAGCUGUGACUCGUUCCGGAUCACCUGGGAAAUGGCCCAUGAGGACACGUCCCGAGUGACGCAUUACUUCAUCGACCUGAGCCGCAAAGAAGGCAGCGAGCCCAACCGCUUCAAGCACAGAGACGUUCCCACCAAGCUAGUGGCGAAAGCAGGACCUUUGCCAAUGGCUGUGAGAGGUCACUGGUUCCUGAGCCCUCGAACGGAGUACUGUGUCGCUGUGCAGACCGCCAUCAGACAGCCUGACGGAGACUACCAAGUGUCUGAAUGGAGCCAAGUAGUGGAGUUCUGCACUGGGGAUUAUGCCAUGGAGCAUCUCCAGCAGCUGUUAGAUAAAGCUCAGGCCGCUGCCGGGAGGAUGCUCAGGUUCUCCUUGUUCUACCGCAAUCAGAAUCCUGAAUACUUCCAUUAUGUGAGAUCAGAGUGUGGAGGUGCAAUGCUCCCAUCUCUCAAAGACAACAGUGGAAGUCACGGCUCUCCUAUCAAUGGAAAGCUACGCGGCAUCUUCCUCAGCUGCAACACAGAAUUCGACACGGGCCUCCCUCCCAAAGACUCCCCGUACGGCCCUCUGCGCUUCCAGAUUCCUGCCGAACGUCUCCUCAACGCGAGUACAAACCUCUACUUCUCUGACUUCUACUGCAUGUACACAGCUUACCACUAUGUAGUGCUGGUGCUGGCCCCUGCUGGUUCGGAGGGGGAUGACUUUUGCAAGAGCCGUCUUCCACGACUGGACCUAACAACCAAUCCCUUCCUGACGUACACGGCCGGAGACGUACCCGUGUUCUGUCACGCCAGCGAUGUCAUUCUGGAGGUAAUGUUCACAGAGCCCUUGCUUCUGGAGCACGGCGUCCUGGCUCAGAUCAGCGGCCGUCACCAGCUCAUGAGCCUCUCCACUGCCAACGCCAAAAAAGACCCAAGCUGUAAGGUGUGCAAUAUCAGUGUGGGACGCUGAACUGUGAAUGCAUGCUGUUGUAGGAAGUGCAACUGAAAAAAUAGCGGACCACAGAACCUCACAGGCUCUGGUUUGGAAAUGGACGUUCUCAUCAGAACAUGAUCAAAUAUUCACACUGUGGGGUUUGUUUUAAAACAUGCCAAAGGGUUUCAUAAAUGAGGAAUAAAUUAUAAGAACAUGAAAACUGAAUGAGGUCUGAUAGUCUAGCCUCUUGUUACGAAACUAAGCCAUAAAACCUGUGAGUCAACAGUUCAGAUCUUAAAGGGACAGUUACCCAAAAAUGUUUCAUCAAUUACUCACUUUCAUGUCUUUUAAAACCCGUAUUUAGAGCUGCAUGAUUAAUCAUUAAAAGAUUGCGAUCUCGAUUCAAACACUCGCGCGAUCUUAUUCUUAAAUGAUAAACGAUUCUCCUGUUUCUUUUAAACACCAGAACAAUCAGAUCUGCAUUGGCGCUGCUGCUGAUAGAGAGGAAGUGUUUAUCAUGUGUAGGUGUGAAAGUCUUUUCAACCACACAGUAUCAUUAAUUCUGUGUUACAUAUUCAUAUUCUCAAAGAAGUACUGAGAUAAAAGUUUAUAGUUCGGAUAUAAACACUGAUGUCUAUGGAAGUGAUCAAAAUAGAGUAAAUCACCUUUUGAAAUUAACUUGAUGCCACCAUAGGCAUUGAGGGGGACAAGCCCCCCCACAGACACACACAGUAAUUGGAAAUGGCCAAACUGCCCCCCCCCCCCAAUAUUUGAUAUUUCUUAAUGAGUGGUCUGCCUCAGUAGUCUAACAGCUCUCGUCAAUGUCAAAAUGAUGGCCAAUCAGAUCAAAAAAGGAAAAAGGCGGGGCUUACUAUUCACUGAACUCAACGCUUUCAGUUUUUACAUUGAAAGAGUGUGUGCGUGGUAAGAUUUGACAACUGUUUUACACUGGAUAUAAUGACCCACAAUAACAUACAGAGAUACAAACUACUUUAAUGUAAUUUCACCAUUUUGAAUUGAAAAUUUGCUAUCAUUUAAAUGAUCUCAUUCAUAACUGAAUAUGAUGAGAUUUUUAUUUUUUUAUUUUAUUUUUUUUUACAUUUUUGACAUAUUAGACAUACAAAAAAGAGUAAAUGUGUGCAUAAUUUUAAAUAAAAUAUUAAUUGCAAAGAGUUUAAAUGGAUUACUUCACAACUAUAGGCUAUAAUUAGACCUGGAACUACAGUGCACAGCAUAAACGAGUACACCCCCUCUGAAACUUCUGAAAGUCAGCAAUUACUCAAUUACUUAGAAGACGUGUUAGGGUUCUUUAGAGAUAUAAUGUUCCAGCAAGUCUGCCUAAUCAAUUACCAAAGAAGCAUGUCAAAAUUAUUCAGGAAAAUAAGAUUUUCUUGUCAAGGUGAUAAAAUGUAAAAAUGAGUACACCCUCCUAGAAGUUACUGAAAACGAAAUAAAAAUUGUCUGGUGUAAGUUUAAAGGGAUAGUUCACCCAAAAAUGAAAAUUUGAUAUUUAUCUGCUUACCCAAAUUUUCAUUUUUGGGUGAACUAUCCUAAAUCCUAUGGGUGAAACUAUGUUUCAUCAACAGGUAAGUAUGUUGAACCAAAACAUUUAAAGAGAAGUAAUUGCUUGACAAUUAAAAGUGUUAUAUAGCCCACUGAAUCAUUCUCAGACUUAAUGCUGACAACAAUGGGAGAGAACUGUCA